AUGGCCAGAUCGAUCGUGAAGCCUACACUCUCUUUCCUGCAUCUGUUGCUUUUUCUGUGGCUUUCAGUACCUUUUGCAGGAUUCUGGCAUCUUGGCCGUCAUGAGAGUGCUUUCAGUACCAAAAUGUCGAGAACGGAACUUCAAAAGAAGCGUGCAGAAGAAGGUCUGCAAAUACCUUUGAGAUUUGGCCUUGAUGAUGCAAAGAGCCUUUCUGCUGCGGAGAAGGCGACUUGUGAACGAAUUCGUGCUGCGGUUGAGCGUAAGGAUUGGUACGCAGCCAAGCAGGCAUUCGAUGCAUCCGACAAGAGCUCGGCUCCAAUGUACAAUUUGCUAUUGGCAGCUGCGUUGAAGCUUGGCAACUUCGAGUCGGGCGUGAAAAUCUACCGAGACCUUGAAGCUCGACAUGUAGAUAAGACUGUGAAGAGCUACUGCUGUGCGAUUCGUUUGUUCUCUCAGCUUGAGCGAAAGGAUGAGACGCUGCAGGUGUGGGACGAAGCGUGUGCCACGCAGGUUUGGAAUAAUUCUGAGAGUGCGAUCUCGCUUAUGUGCGCAGCCUUGAAUGCAGCGGCCCAAUUUGGUGACUUUGCCUUGGCCAAGGACUUGCUGGACAUGAUGCGCGAGAAGGGCAAAAUUCUGAACGUAGUAGACUACAAUCAGGCUCUUGAUGCUUGCAAAAACUCGCUCCAGCCCGAAGCAGCAAUGGGUUUGUACUCGGACAUGGUCAGUGCAGGCAUUACACCAAAUGUCAUCACCUUUGCUUUGCUUGUCAGUGCGCACAGUGGGAAGGCCCUUGAAUCAAUUUCUGAUGUCACCAGUCAGAUGGUCCCCUACGAUAUAGAGCCGAAUGUACCCUUCUUGGAAGAACUCGUGUCGGCCAUGAUUGGUGCGCGGCGUCCGGGCGUCAAGAUCAUUGACGUGCAACAGGCGGAGAAGGUGGCUUCAGAAGCGCCCGCAACUCACCUGCGCGCAGCUCAGCGUGUGAUCGCCCAUGUGGAAAGCGAAGGCUUCUCCACUCCUUGGACUUCGGGUGCCCCGCGUGCCCGGGGCCUCCGCGUGGUGCUGCCCACGGCACCCAAGGUGGCGCAGCCUUGGGGGCCCGUGGAGACCUCCUGGCACGAGUAUGCGUCAGCGGACAGCAACCAAGUUGGUGAUGGGUCGCUGCUGGCGGAGCAGCGCCAGAGACUCCGACGGCUCCUGGAGCAGGAGGUAGACAGACUCAAUGGCCGCAGCGAGCGGAUCUUCCUGGGAGGUCUUUCGCAAGGUUGCACCGCAGCGUUGGACAUCUAUCUACAAGAGGCCUGCACCCUUCGUUUGGGUGGAUUCGUCGGAAGUGUAGGCUUUCUCCCGAGCGAUGAGCUCGGCUUCCACGCGGCGAACGAGGCAGUGGAAGCCCUGCUGGCCGACAAGGACCAAGCUGCACGGCCCGCUGUCCUCCAAAGUGCUGAGGACGCCGGGUGGGCCACGGCCGCUUUGAUCGCCUCAAAUCUCACGGCCUCGGCCGCCCUUGAACCGUUGCGAGCGGUCAUGGGACGUGGCCGCGUACAGAAGGCGAAGGCGAAAAAGAAGGACAAGGCUUGGAGCAAUGGCAAGAGGAAGUUCAAAGCACAAGACCCUGUCUACCGUGGCAUGGUCGACCCCAACGUGAAGUUGGCCCACCAGAAGCGCAAGGGUGUGGUGCAGAAGAAUGGUGCGCCGAAAGGAGAUGCAGAUUCCAGCGAUAUCCCGCCUUUGUUUGGUGUGUCCGGCGUCUUCGGCGAGAGUGCUUCGUUAGCUCCUACCUCGGAUCCCAAGCCGGGGCGGGGCAAGCGCCGGCGCCGGGGCGCCGGCGAGGUGCCCCCAGAGGCAGCGGAGUCCAAAGAGCCAAAGAGAAAGAGGAAGGACGCGUCCUCAAAUUCCACAGCCCUGCCGGCAUUUCUCAAGAGCGCAAUGCUUCCUCAAGCCGACGCUGGCCCAGCACUGCCCAAGAAGAAGGAGUUGGAGAGCAUGGCCGACUACUCUCGACGGCUGGAUGACGCUGUGAAGAGCAAGCUCCAGGUCGUGCAGAAAAAGGCGAACACAGAUCACCAGCGGCAGCGGCAAAAGGAGCGAGCCAAAGUCCUCAAGGAAAAGAAGAAUGCAAAGAAGGGCCUGAAGACGAAUCCGACCGAGGUUCCAGAGCCUCUCUUGGGCCGCAUGGACCGGCCGAAGUUCGGAGACGUGGUGCAGCGACCGCCGACCUUCAGCAAGGAUGCCUUGAAGGCGGGAGCCAAAGGGAAGCAGAAGUCCGGUGAUGGCGCAGGCAAGCAAGGGACUUUGGCUGCCAGCAACUUAGCAGACUACGUCGGCCAAGUUCGAGAUGCUUACGAGACCAUGUUCUCAGCGAACACAGGAGCUCUCAAAGACACCGACGCCAGAGCAGAGAACAUGCUCGAGGCUAACCUCCGGCGACUCAAAGAUCACGCCGCCGCCCUGGGCGGCAAGUGCCUGGCGAUCGAGUAUAAAAACAGGAGGACGAAUGUCCAUUGGCAGUGCCGACAUGGACAUAAAUGGGAUGCAGCGCCACACAACGUGCUGAAUAACAAGAGCUGGUGUCCCGAGUGUGCCAGGAACAGGCGGCGGAUUCCUCUGCAGCGGCUGCAAGAUCAUGCGAGGGCUCGAGGUGGCCGAUGUCUGUCAGCGAGCAAAUACAACAGGUCGCAAACACAGGUGCCUUGGGAGUGCGAGUUGGGACACACCUGGGAAGCCACACCGAGCAAUGUUCUUCACAGGGCAUCCUGGUGCCCUGCCUGCUCCCGCAAAGGGCGAACCAUCAAGAAACGCAGCUUGAAGGAUUUGCAGGACCACGCUGCUUCCCUCGGUAGCCGCUGCCUCUCAACUACCUUUGAGUCCAUGAGGACACCAGUGCGUUGGCAGUGCCACGAGGGUCACACUUGGCCUGCACGUCCUGACAAUGUCCUAAACUCCAAGAGUUGGUGCCCCGUUUGUGCAGGGAAGGCUCCGCUCGAUCUGGGUCGGUUGCAAGAGCAUGCAGCACGUCGGGGUGGCGAGUGCCUGGCUACUGAGUAUGCGAACAACAGGUCGAAGGUGACCUGGAAGUGCCAGCACGGCCACACCUGGCAGGCAACACCCAACAUGGUUCUGAAACAGGGUCAAUGGUGUCCCCACUGCAGGAAAAUCGGUCUGCCACGUCUGCGGGCUCAUGCCGCCUCUCUCGGAGGAAGGUGUUUAGCCAAGUUGUACCAGAACGCCAAUGAGAAGCUCCUCUGGGAAUGCACGGAAGGGCACCGGUGGAAGGCCAGUGCCCGUAACGUAAUGCAUGGUAACACGUGGUGCCCGCAGUGUGCUACCAGCACUUGGCGCACAGAGGCGGAGGUCCGAAGCAUGCUUGAGACCAUCUUCCAUCCUGCAACUUUCCCAUCCUGUUGGCCUUCCUUUCUUGAAGGCUUGCACUUGGAUGGAUACUGUUCUAACUUGAGCUUGGCCUUCGAGUACCAGGGGGAGCAACACUACGAUCCCGAGAGUUAUUUUCACUUCGGUAAUCCUUCUAGCUUCCACGCCCAACAGGAAAGGGAUGCUAGGAAGGCCAAUCUCUGCAGAGAAGCCGCACCCCAGCUCGUGAUCGUCCCAUGCUUCGUGAACGACAAGAGGACCUUUGUCCUGACAGCCUUGCUGCAGUGGUUCUCAUGGGCUCAAAUCGCACCAACGGAGCUGCCCAUGCCAU